AUGAACAGAAAUCAUCCUGGAAUCUCGUGGUCAAUGGACACGGACAAUGGGCUGUCUCCCACAUCAUUCGAAGUGAAUGGUGUUUCGCCUUUUGGGUAUGACUCAGUGAGCCGUCAUGCCGGUUCGAGCCUGCAGUCCACUCCGCCCGUCAACUGGAUAAAUCAAGCCUGCGCAGGCACAAUGGGGCAGCAGUCCAAUGUACCCGACGAGCCUACCAACACAUACCAAGAUCAUCUGUUCAACCAACUUCUCGCCCGGAUUACUCAGAACCCGGAUAUCGCUUGCCAUCGAGACGCGGCCCGCAGAUAUCUUGCCCUCGAACAGGAGUUAUGGGUGCCGCUGUUUCAACCACGCUGGCCGUCCGAGGCUCAGAAGAUGCUAAGUCGAUAUCUUGCUCAAGAAUACGGAGUUCUCCCGGCCAGUCUGUGGCAGUCUGUCCAGGCUGUUAGGAGAGAUCCACAUUUCGAGCUAUUCCAAAAACCUUUCGUUGAUGCUGUCUCGGGCUCGUCAAUAUCACAGACACAUUCUAGAUCCGGGUCCGAGAUAUCGGGGCAUUGUGAGACUUUCCCGGAACUUUGGGCCGAAAAAGCAACCCUGAAUCCAUGGCCUUCGUGCGGGACAAGUGGUGCAUCGCAACCGUCAGCAACAAUAAAGGGAUUUGGCAUCGAAUGGCAAUCAAGUGCUCCUGCACCGUUUCCCACUGUUCGAAGUCGAAGAGCUUCGAGGAGCCCAAGAGCACCAGGAACACGCACGGCGGGCGGCAGGGCGCCUGCUGGAUAUAAGUACUUCUGUCCGGAGCCAGGCUGUCAACGUCCCGAUUUCCGAAACGCAGGCAACUAUCGUAAUCACCUCCGGCUCUACCAUCCAGACACACCCGAGCACGAUCCGACAGACGCCCUGCGCCCGGAUAUUCCGUCAGAACAAGAUGAAUUGUCGUCUUCGGCUGCUCCCAGUUCAGGCGCUUCACCUCUGCACCAUCGCAUUCUGAACGAUGAUCUCCAACAGGCGGAUAUAGUGGCGCCAACCACCAUCGGAGAGGCCUUCAACUUUGGCAGCCACGGAGGGUUCCCUAGCGGUCAAACAGAAUUUUACUCGAACUUCGCAUAUGAAGAUGCCAUGUCCGAAUCAGCCGUUGAGCAGGACACCAUGUCAGCAGAGUAUCGGACUCACUCAUUCGCCGCAACCGACGGUGAGCAAUAUGUCGACUCGGAGCAUGGCCUUGCGUCUGAGACAGCAUUGUCCUUUGGCAUGUUUCAGGAGAAUCUGCAACAAAGUCAUCUCGGAUUUUUUUCAAAUGGUAGACAUCAAUCGACAUCAGAGUCAAAUGAUAGCAGACAGUGA